GCUUCCGCCAUCGCCGCCGCAUCCGGUUCUUCCCGGCUGCCGUCGCAUGGCAACUGGGUGGCCAGCAAAGCUGUCCACGAGACGGGUUUGCCUCAAUCCCACUUGAGGCUGACUAGCACCGGACGACUGCCGCCGACCGAAGAAAUGGAUCACGAUGAAGAAGACGAGGAAGAGGAAGACGAGGAGAAAGGAGAGGAGACAGAAGAAGAGGAGAGGGCUCUGUUGAAUGGAGGCAAAAAGCUGAGUCUAUCCUGCCUGGUGACAAACAGUGAAACCGUUGGGCCUGAGGGUCAGAGGGGAGCUGAAAGACGCUCGGGAAAUCUUAUUUUGUCCGGUGAGCAGCUACCUACAAGCUACGCUGAUGAGACGAUGGUCAGUCCGAGGCCAUGCAAAUUAGGCAAAAGAGUGAGUUGA